AUGAGGCUAUUGAUAAUACGGCAAUUAGAUCAUGAUAAUUUAAAUAAAUUCUGUGGACUCUGUGUAGAUGCUCCAAUUUUAUAUGCAAUUUGGAAGCAUUGUCAGAGAGGGAGUUUAAAGGAUUUAAUCGCCAAAGAGCAAUAUGUCGGUGAUUCUUUUGUGAUGUUUACUUUAAUGAGGGAUAUAGCUAGUGGAUUAAUAGCUUUACACGGCUCAUUUGUUGGAGCACACGGAAUGCUUUCCUCAGAAAAUUGUUUAAUUAAUGAUCGUUGGCAAGUAAAGAUUAGCGAUUUUGGAUUGAAUAUGAUUAGAGAAAGUCAACCAAUGUCAAAAAGAAAAUUAUUGUGGACAGCACCAGAAUUAUUAAGAGAAAAUAAUCGAAAAGGAACAAAAGAAGGAGAUGUUUAUAGUUUUGCUAUAAUUUGUUGUGAAUUAGUUAAUAGAGAAACUGUUUGGAAUGGAGUUGAAAGAGAAGAUGAUGUUGAUGUAAAUUUAUUGAAUGGUUUAUACACAGCAUUUGAUGGGAUAAUUGACAGUCAUGAUGUUUAUAAAGUUGAAACAAUUGGAGAUGGUUAUUUAGUUUGUUCUGGAAUUCCUCGGAAAAAUGGGAAUGACCAUGCUAAAGAAAUUUCUGAACUUGCAUUUGCUUUCCUACGUACCGUUUCAACAUUUAGAGUUGACCAUUUGCCAAAUGAACGUGUUAAUUUACGUAUUGGAAUACAUACUGGACCAGCUGUAGCUGGAGUUGUUGGAUUGACAAUGCCUCGUUAUUGUUUAUUUGGAGACACUGUAAAUACAGCUAGUAGAAUGGAAUCUAAUGGAAGACCUGGACGUAUCCAUAUAUCAACUACAACUAAUCAUUAUUUAACUAACAUAAUUGGAGGAUAUGUAACAGAACCUAGAGGAGAAGUAAUUAUUAAAGGAAAAGGAGUUAUGGAAACAUUUUGGCUACUUGGACAUUCUGGGGAUUCUCAUUAUCUUGGUGCUGUACCUUCUGAUGAUAGAGGAAGCCCCGAACCUAUGUAA